AUGAGGAUACUCGGAUUAGCCAUUCUGAUAGUAGCCAGUGCAUACUGCUAUGUGGAUGUUGAUGCCCGAGAAAGGUCCGGACCGUUCAAAACAGUUUUCUUCCUACGCCGACUUAGUCCUUCGCCCUUCAGCACUGGACUGCAAGAACGACCCUUACCAAUGGGGGCCCACAAACGCAUUGGGGCCGAAGAGAAGUUCUCCCCAUUCCACUCCGUCUUGGUUUUAAGACGCCGCCGGCCCGAAGACAUUCUCGAGUCAAUGUUCCACCGAACUGAGAGCGCAGAUAGCUUCAUUAGAGACUUCUUAGUGUCGCACUUGCAACACAUCCAAGAAAUCGAGGCAACAACGCCUCCCAAGCGAUUUAACACGGAAAAGAUCUACAAUGAUAUUUACCGCAAGUCCAAACACCCACCUAAGCUUGCACCAAAGCACCCAGCUCAUAGAAGCCACCUCAUUGAGGACGAAAUUGACACAAUUAUGGCCAACGCCGCCAAGGAGCUUACUGUUCCAGAAGAAGCUGCCAACCGCGCUAGUAUUGGCCAGCGCAUUGGCAAGACCAAGAAGAAGGUCAGACGGGGCAUUAAGAAGGCUAAGAAAGCACUAGGAAAGGGUGUGAGGCUGAACAUGCUUACUAUUCUUCUCUUUAUAGUAAUCGGUGUCGUUUCAGGAUAUGCUGGGUACUCCAUGCGAAGAAAUCCAGCUGCAGAGCAUUAUGCUCCAUUAGCUAAAUAG